GUCAAAGUCUAAGGAUCUGACUGACUGCAGAGCUGAUGUCCUGACCUCCUUUGACUUUUAGGGGCAGCAGAGAGCUGGAAAUGGAGUCCAAUGGGGCCAGUGUUCAAUAUAACCGCUGGAGUGAAGAUAACAUUACCUUGCAAGAACCACAAUCACGGUCCAGACUGCUUGGAAUCUACAACAGAGUGUUCACUGGACGGCUGGUCAUCAUGUUCAAAAUAGCAGCAUCCUUGACAGUGAUGGUUGUCAUUUACAUUGCUGGAUACAUCACUGGAUUCUACGUUCAUCAGUGUGGAUAAGGAUACUCUGUACUGAUAAUGGGAUAUUGGAAAGAAAACUGGUUGUUAUUUGGAAAAUUUGUUAGAUUUUUUUAUAGUAUACUAAUAUUUUGCUUUUAUUUUGUUUAAAUGUGCUACACUGCAACACAGAUUAACUUUUUACUUUAACUUAACUUUUGAAAAUGAUUAAUUUUUCAAUUUUUAAUAAGAAAAAAGAUGUUAAGAAAUAUUAAUGCGCUGUCAUCAUUUACUCAUCCUUGACUUGUUUCAAACCAGUUUCAGUUUCUUUGUUCUGUUGAACACAAAUGAAUAUUGAAGAAUGUUGGUAACCAUUGACUUCCACAGUAUUUGUUUUUCCCACUGUUUGUCAAUAGUUACCGGUUUCCAUCAAUCUUCAAAAUAUCUUCUUUUGUGUUCAAAAAUAAAAUCGUUUUGGAAUAGGUCAAGGGUGAGGAAAUGACGACAGAAUUGUAAUAAAAUCCUUUAAUGAAAUCUUUAAUUAAAAUCUUUGAAUUAAAAAGAGACCAUCUUUAAUUUUGAAAAACAAAGUCAUAUACAAAAGUGUAUUAUAGCUAUCACAUUAGUCUAUGUUAUUUUUCUAUUAUAGCAAUAAAGUAUUAAAAUAAAACUCUUUACAGUGAAGCUCAAGUUUUAGUUAAUGCUUUAACAAUUAACAAUACUUUCGCAGCAUUCAUGUAAUAAAAAUCAAUAAU